AUGGCAGGAAAUGCAGUAGCAGCAGAAAGCAAACCAGUAUUGGAGGCACCGCAGGGAGGUGCAGCAGCACAGAAGGAAAACAUAGCAGCGCCAGAUAAAAAAGAGCCUGCAGUGCCAGAAAAGAAAAAAGAAGAAGCCCCAAAACUAAAAAAGGAGGACACAGAUGUACUUAACCCGAACAAAGGAAUGGGAAGAAAGCAUAUAACAAUAGGAGAAAACAUGUACUACAUAGUAAGUGUGGAUGAAGUUAACAGAUACAUGGAUCUAAAGACCGACUACAAAACAGACUCAAUGAAGGCUUUUAUAGUAUACAUGCAUGAAGAGUUUGUCUCUGACCUAAAAAAUCUAAGAAAAAAAAGAAGCUUAAAGAAGGGGGCUUUUUUCUUGAUAGCACUGUUUGUCCUUAUUGGGGUAGCUCUAUUAGGUGUUAUGUUCUUGCGCAAGUGA